CUUGAUAUUCCCGGACUGCUUCAAUGUAGUUCUGUUGUAGUUCUUCGUAGUUGCGUCGUGUUGUUUCUAUUGCGGCUUCGAGUAGAUCCCCUACUCGUGGCUGUUUCUUCUUCUUGCUGUUGCUGUGCUCCAUUUUGCACUUGUUGCUCGUCGUCGUUGUUUGCUGUUCCUCUCGUUUUUCU